AUGAAGUACCCCCGCCGGGGUGGUGCAUGCCCUCAUUGGACAUCCCCGAUGAACCUGCGCCUGCUGAUGAUGGCAUGCUGUACAAAUGUGAAUGUUGCCUGGAUGAUGGUUCUGUGUGUGGAGAGACUUUUCCCAGCAAGCAGCAGCUUGUUCAGCACAUGCGUUGGACACGUGGCGGAACACACGGAGAACUCCCACAGUACUUUCGGGCUACCAUCACAAACCAAUGUCCGUGGUGUCGUCAUGUAUUUGCAAACAUUCGCACCGCACGGCAACAUGUACGCGCAUCUUUGCAACGCAAGAGAUGCACCGGUCGUGGUAGUUUCACUGUAUUGGAGCCAGUACUACCAGCUGAUUACAUGUGUCCUGAGUGUGAUUUUACAGCGACUUCACUGGAUCAGCUACAUGAUCAUGUGGUUGCUCACUUUGGUGGCCCUCACGUGGGGCCUGAGUGAUGUCCCCUGUAGCCUUUUGUUGACUCAAACGUUCCAGGGGCCCGCUUGCUUCGCUAGUGUCGUCAUGGAUGGGUGGGACUUGACGAAGCGGGCAGGUGAGGGCAAGCCUCACGCGUCACAGAAACGGCAGGCCAUCGGCACAGAGGCGUUACUGGCAAAGGCCAUGCUUUUGGUGUCGAAGUUAACUCUGAAAGCAGAGCUUGAAGUGCGUGAACUACAGGCUGCGACGUUUCGUACCCUCACCAUCACCGAGAUGUCAGCAUUUGUCACUGAAGCCCGUGCCACUAUGAAAGCCUACACAGCUGCCAGCAAGCAGGCCCGUGACAAUGGUCAGCCUGCUCCGCUUGGUGAGCCUCAUGUUCAUGUUUGGUCAUGCUUCUUGAAGGCCGCAUUGGAUGUGCAGGGCAUGUCGGAAGAGCACGUGCAGCGCAUCAACGAGCAUCGAGCGCAAUCAGCAGAUCCGCAUGCGCUGGCUCAGCUCAUCUUCGUUUGCAAGAUCAAGAAAGCCUAUGAUCGCGGCAUCGUUAAGGUGCACUUGGCGGGGCAUCAGCAGAUUGAUUCGGUCAUUGAUGCUGUUGUCGCGGCCAUGGUACUCAGUGGUGCGAGGGAGCGGCGUGGACAGGCGCCUCAAUCCGGCAUGGCAAGGGAGCUCCAAAGCCUUGUCGAUGAGUUGCAAGAAAUCACAAAGUGA